UUUGUUACCAACAAACAUGUUAGGUAUAUUAAUUACAUGUAACCUGCAAUCAUGACAGAGAUUACAUUUCAGAAGAAAAGUCAAUGCUAUUUUUUGUUUUGGCAUAGCCUUCAGUUUUCAGUAUCAUUCUUUUGUUUAGAAAAAAAUCUUACUGGGUUUAUUUAUUCAUUGCUGUACUUAACAAUUUUAGGAUGGUUAUUAAUAGGCUCUGCAAAAUGGAGGGGUUUGUUUCCUAUAUUAUUGUUCUGAUAUCUUCAAAGUGUCAGUCAUAUCUCUUUUUAUUCCUUCUAACAAAAAUUCUUUCUGAAUUCCUAAUCUUAGAGACUUUUCUUUUUUUACUUUUUCCCUGUCUUUUUUUCUUUUUGUCAGAAGACUAUUUGUCAAGAGGGACAAAUUUGGAGAACAAUAAACUCUUUGUGUCACUAUAGAUGGCACAUCUGGUGUACAUAAUCUUGCUGAUUUAUUUGUUUAUCUUAUAUGCUUCCUGAAAAGACUCUUUAAAGUUUUUAAGACUUUGUCCUUGCCACAUUUGGUAUAUUUUAUUUUAAGAAAUAUUUUUAGUGGUUGUACACAAAGUUUGAGAAAUGAGCAUUUAAGGACUAAAUUUUUGGCAUCAAGAUAACAAUGAUUUAUUUUGAAUGUGACCAAAUUAUAUUUGCAUUCUUUUUCAAGGCAAUAAAAAUAAAUUCAGAGCAAAUGGGGCAUGAGAAUUCAGAGAUGCUUAAUCAUGUGCUUUUAUAUUAGGAGUAGUUUGCUAAGUCUUGCUUGCUAAUUUCAAAAUAAUUACCUAUACUGGCAAUGCAUUGUUGAAGCUUCUGUCAAAAAGUUAUUCUCUCCUUUAAAAAAUUAAGGAAUACUUUGAAAGAAAGAAGCUUAAGUCAAAAAUGAAGCUCCUGGAAGUAUCAUCUCCUAAAAGUUCAGCAGUCAGUUUGGAUCUUCUCAAUCUAUAUGUGGUUAACCAGAUAUCAACCAAGACAGAAAACACUGAGAACGUGAGGAAGCCAGUCCACGUUGAUAUCACUGAAGAUGGAAAAAAACCUAUCAGGAGACAUAACUUAGAGCUUCCCACAUCACCCCUACGUACACAACAUAAGUCAAACUUAGAUGAUCUCCAGAGCAGGUUACAAAAGCAAGUUUUGGACAGCAGAAGACAACAUCUCUCAGAAAAAGUAAAAUACCAGCAUAAGCUCAUUCCACAAGUAAUGGAAUUAGGCUAUGUUGAUUCUAGUAUGGAAAAUGAAGACAACACAGCAAGAGUUUUUAGUGCUUGUCCAUUGUCCUCCUCUGGUUUUCAGUUCUCUAACUGUACACAGCUUUCAGAAGAAAAUUUCAACACAAAACUAAUGGGCAACAUUUGGGACCACAUCUAUGAAAAGGAGCUGCAAAAAGAGCCAGGUAACAGCUUUGAUCAAAACCCUUGGAAUACAAACCCUCCAAGCCACUUUCUUUUCAGGAAGUCUGAUACAGUGCCUCAGGAGCUGUUCAAGCCAUUUGAUAGGCCAGACUACAUGAAUUCUGCCAGGAAAAAUCCAAUUAUAAUAGCCAAUAACGACUCAGAAAACUGUGAAGGAAUAAAAGAAGCAAUAUUUGAUGCUGUGAAAGAAGCCGCAGAACUGAAAGAUGGAGGUGGUUGUUCCUUUCUGGCACUAUUUGAAGAUGAGAGUCGACCAAUCCAAAAUAAUCCUUCCACAAAGCAUUUUAAUCCUUUUUCUAACCAAAGCAAUAAUGACUUUUUUUUCACUGUUCCUGAUGUUCGAAAUCAAAUCAACAGAAUUUAUUCUUGUGACACUAGAAGGCUUUAUCCUGCAACCAAUGCAAAAGAAGAUCUGGUAGACAGACACCUUGAAGGCAUUUUCACAGCUCCAGAACAGGUUUUCCUUAAAAGUAACAAUGUGUCAAAUACAAGCUACAAGGAAACAAGUGCACUUCAUAAAACACCGCGGCAGAACUGUCGUGAGGGACAGCACUACUUCACACCCUGUGAACAGAAAGAAGGAAGAGCAAACCUUGAAAAAAUUGAGACAUUUGCAUAUCGCCAUGAUCAGCAGAAUAGCUUAAAGGAGAAUGUGCAGAAUUAUUCCAGAAAAAAAAGCGACAACAAGUCUGUGAAAGAAACAGCCUGGAAUGAGAACCAUGUCUUUGUAUUUGAAGAGUUCACAACAGCACAAGAGAAAGGGUAUAAGUUUGGACUGAGUUCAUAUCUUCAUGAGAUGGAUGUGGAGUCACCAUUCAGCAGCCAGUCUCACAGUUACUCUCCAAGGCAGACUGAGAGCUAUUUGUGCUCUAGUCCUGACACAUCUGAAGAGGAAGACACAGCCAAAAAGAAGGAAUAUCUGAAUGAACAUUCCUUGAAGGCACACGGUGCCAACCUAUUCUCAGCCUCAGCAAGAAGAAAGGCCCCCAAGAGCUCUCACACCCAAAGUGUGGGGAUGAAGCCCAGCAGUACUUUGCCUAGAAAAGAAGCAAACAAUCUUCAGGAGAGAGAUUCUAAUUUUUGUGCCACAGAGGAGGAAAAUAAAACCCACACAGCUCUAUCUCAGGGCCCAUCGUACUGCGCCCUUAAGAGGGAGCAUGUCAGUAGCAGCACCGGGCGCGAUGUUUGGUCACAGACCGAGGGCUCCGUGACCGUAGAGAAGGCGGACGUGGGCACCCAGUGUGGCACCCUGAGGGUGUGCAGCUGUGGGGGAUCCCUCCCCGCCGCCCGCAGCCCAGGCGGGGUCCCUCCUCCCGGCGCUGCCGGCACCGCAGGAGAGCACCAAGGGCCAGUGCAGAAGGGGCAGCAGCCCGCGGGCGCCGGCAGCGCGGCCGGGACAGACCCCUUCUCUUCUGAGGCCGAGUACCUGAGCUUGGCUGGCAGGAGGACUCUAGAGGUGCUGAACUACAUUGAUAAAAUGAAGGAGAGAGAUAAGCAGCGAUCAAUUAUAAUGCCACGCUAG